AUGAGUCAAGACCUGUUUGAGCAAAUCAUCGCAGUCCCAGAAGUAGGUCGCUUCUUUGAAAACUAUCAACAAGAAGAAUGGCCUGAAUUGUUUUUAGAUCUAGUUUUAUAUAGCAUUUAUGCAUUAAGGUCGUGCCAUGAGAGCCCGCCUCCAUCCAGUUAUCUUCAAGACUUGGUCCGAAAAGCAGGCAUGAUCGUUUCCCUCGAAAAUGUAAUCCCAAGUAUGCAAGAAAAGCUUAUGCUAAUAAAAGAAGACAUCUCUCGCUUAGAAUCAGAGCUCCAAAUCAAAAGAGAUGAAAAAGCAGUCAAUGAGGUCCAAGAAACCUUACAAGUAAAAUCAAAAGUAAGAUCCAGCUCUGCACCAUCAAGAAAUUAUUCGAAUAAAGCACCAACUAAUUGAAGACAAGGAGAUACUAUUCUUUAUUAAAAUAAUAAAUAAAUAAUCAUUUUUUAAUAUAGAAAAAAAUAAAAAUAUAUGGAAUAGUAUAAUGUUUUCAGGGGUAAUAUUCCUGAAAAUAAACCAGCACAAACCAAAAAUGUCCUUUUCAGAGAUACUUCGCCUCCUGCAUUAAGAAACCAUAAAUUCGUAGAAGUUUUAAAAGAAAAUGACGAUUUCAACUGAAAAUGAAAAGGAAAUGAUAUUGAAAGAGCUAUUUAUCCUGAAUGGUGGACAGCACAAUGCCAAAUGGACGUUAAAAACCCAGAAACAACUGUAAAAAUAACACAAAGAAAGCCUCCACCACUGCCAAAGCCAACUCAAUCCAGAAUGGUUGAAACUGAGCCACUUAAAAAGUCCUCAAAACCCAAAAGAAACAGCUGGAAAAUCCCUUCAAAAAGCAACGGCAGCGAUGAUAUGACCCACAGCCAAGAAUGGGUUGUCCAUUCUGAUAAAUCAGUAGAGGUUGAUUUAGAUACCCCAGGAAGCUCAGUACAAGAAAACCACGUUCGGUUUGAGUCAAAUUCUCAGAAAAAUCCUAAGCAGGUCAGCAUAAAAAAGCCAACAGCCUGGGUCCAAGAUUUUUCAGACGUCGUCAAACGUAGCCCUGCAAGCUCUAUGAGACAUUCUUCCUCUCAGUCAGACUCACGGCAACAAUCAACCCCAAGCCACCAAAGUAUUCAUGUUUUUAGCCCAGCAGAGCCUCCAAGAUCUAAAUCAUUGCAAGAGUCACAGCCAAUGAAGUCUUCAUCAUCUGGAUAUACAAGUAGCUCAAUGACGCAAUACAAUCCUUCAGAAGAAAUGAAGCAAUUCUUCCAAAAUGAAUUUACAAACUUUUUGGAGUCAAGAGGAACUGAAUCUUUAGGCAGUGGGGCGAAAAACCACGAAAGCUCUUAUUAUUCAUCAAGCCCUAGUGAAGAAGGCAACAGCAUGGGAUAUGACAGAAAAGAGCCAAAUUUCAGUUCUCAUAGUAAGACCACCCCAAUGUUUCGCGUUUAA